CUUAGGUGUGUGUGGUGGUAUGCUGUAUAUAUAUAUAGUCCUGUUCGGUCGUCAUAGAGUGAUCGUGUUUAAUCAGCUAAGUGACGGCCGGAGUGCGUGUGCAUCUCGGAGAGGAGAGCGGGCAAGUGCACUCUCUGGCGGGCAUCGGAUUCCUUCUCCAUUCCGACUCGUAGUUUGGCGGGAAAUAGCGAUCACAAUGGCGGGAAUUAGCGAUCACAAUGGCGGGAUGACGAGGGGUCACACGUGGCGCGCCCUCGCUGUUGCCACACUGCUCUUUGCUCUGAUCUCCGCGUCGUGCCACGUGGCAUCAUCCCAGCUCACCGACGAUACUUUCACGUACGACCAGCAGGGCGCCGACUGGCAAGGGGCCUGCACCGACCCGACGUCGCGGUUUCAAUCCCCCGUAGACAUCAUCACCCGUAACGCGACACGUGUGGCCUUCCUGGGAGACAUCCAAAGCAGAGGGCAGUACACCCCCUCCGUGAGCGGCGUGUCUCUCGCUCAUAACAACCACACUGUCGAGAUAUCUUUCUCUGAGCCAACGAACUACAUCCAGUUCCCGAUGCUCAACGUGCAGCCGUACAACAACUCCGUCACGUGGCCGGUGAACACGUACACACUGGCCAACUUGGGGGCGACGAAGCCGCCUGUGAGGCUGGUGAGGCUCGAGCUCAGGCAGUGCCACGUGCACUGGUCGUCGGACCACGACAUCAACGGCAAGCAAAGGGACAUCGAGUUUCAUUGCGUGCAUACGGCGCAGGAUCCUGCCCAGAGACCGUCUGUCGGGGUAUGGGGGGUGUUCUACAACAGGGGCCCAAAGGGGUGCAAAUGCGAUCCCAUGCUCGAAAGUAUCUUGUCCGCUCUGCCCAUGGUCGUCAAGCUGGCGCCAAAGGUGAAGAUGCCAGUAGCGGUGAGCGGCUUCUCGGCGGCCCGGUUCUUCCCGCGGGACAAGACCUACUUCCACUACUAUCCCGGGAGCCUCACCACCCCGCCCUGCUCAGAAGGACUGCUCUGGUACGUCUUCAGGCAAACCAAGCCUAUCUGCCAACGGCACUUCCAGCUGAUCACCGAUGCCGUCACCGCGCUUAACGGGAGAGGAGAGCAGAACUUCAGAGAUCCUCAGUCACUGGGCGGCCGAGUCAUGUACCAAUGGAGCGGCAAGUAGGGAAAGUGAUUGCCAGCUUGUGCGUCACAAGCUCCUGUUUCAAGAUUCAAAGGUGGUCCUUACGUUCACGGCGUCACCAGAUUCCCGGACCUUCUACCAUCCCAAACACGUCCUCGCCUCAUGCCUCAAGGAGAGACUACUCUCUCGCUCUCUCUCUCUGAGACUGCUCUCUCUCUCUCUCUCUCUCUCUCUCUCUCUUUCUCUCUCUCUCUCUCUCUCUCUCUCUCUCUCUCUCUCUC